AUGAGCUCCAAAGAUAAUCUGGCUUUGGAUCUGGAGCACGGCGUGCGGCGAUGGGAUAGGCAAAGAUGGAUCAGCGUUUUCAGCAGCCACUCGCCUACUAUCCGCGAGGUGACGGAGUGCUUGGGCCUGGGCUUGUCCGCAUCCAGCUCCACGACGAAUCGCGGCAUUCCCAAAUUCGACAACCCGGACUAUCGCAAGAUCUCCAGUGAAGUCACCAAGCUGUCCAAAGAGCUGCCCAAGGAACGAGAUGCCCUGCUCGAUUUUGCUGCAGAUCCGCACAGCUUAGAUGCCGAGCUGGAGGAGCUGCUCGCUACCUACGGACCCGCUAUCUGGGGCACGCAUGCCGAUCGCACCUGUCUCCUCACCCCCGAUCCCACCAAGAAGACGUACAACAAGCACCUGUUCUACGACGAUGCCGAGCACAGAGAAAUACUCAAGAUACACCUGCAUCGCUGGAUCAUCAUCAAAGCAUGCUAUUACAUCAGAAACAUGAAGCUUAAGAGGCCCUCCGGUGCAAACGACUACGACACCCUGGCUGACUUCGACGGGGAAGGUGGCUCACAACGUGGAACCCCGCAAUCGCUCUCUCCACCACAUCUGGACGCUUCCGCCGGGCUGGAAGUCGAUGCGAAGCCAUUGCCCAACCUCAAGAAGCGCAAGAGUACAGCGUACCUGGGUGGGUCACUGUCAGAUGGGGAAGAGCACGCCCCCUCGCCUGCCAAGCGGCCGUACAACACGCUGCCACCAGGAAGAAGAAGUAGCACGAGUCCCAGGAAGCCUCUGGAUUCUUUCGCCGUUCCUGGUGACGCGGGAAACACCCCGCCUCUGCCCGUUCGACCUUUCGACCAGAACCAUCACCUCUCACCAGCCCCCAACGCAGGCCCUGAGAGCGCCCGCGUGGAACUCGGCUCACUGUCGAGCAAUCAAGUCAACGGACUCUCUGGAUCUUCUGAAAACGCAUCCGUAUCUGCUGCCGCUUUCACCGCCGUUACCCCCGGCACUUUCACUGCAGUAAACACGCCACCUCCGCCACCUCUGCCACCUGUUCGUGAACCAUCAAGCGAAGCGCCACGAGCUCCGUCACUGGAUACGAAGAGGAUGUCGCCUAGCCAGAACCGUGUGGAACCGCGUGCAUAUACCAGUCCAUACGACACAGCCGCUCACGGCGUGACUUUGCCACCCGUGACCCCAGAUCCUCGUUCAGUGCCCGCACUCAGUGCUGCGUCUGCCCCCGGUCAAGGGUUUCGUACAGUCAACUCACCAACGCCCACCAAUGGUCUUCUUAGUCGCGAGUCCUCUGUGGCCCAAGCCGUUCAACACACACAGCUUGCUCCUCAGGCUACUUCCCAGCCGGCUCCACACCCUCAGAGCUCACCCCAAAGCCAGGCCGCUCAGGUCAAAGCUCGCUCUGAAAGUCAAUCCCAAAAUUUCACACCUUCUAGGAGCCACGUCCCACUACACCAGCAACAAGCAUCAGCUCAGCCUCCGAGUCGCACGCAUACUCCAGUCAACCACCACGUUGGCCGUUCCAUUGCCCCCCAUCCAUCUAGCAGAUCCAGUACACCGUUUGCGCAAGACGCGAACACCCAGCCGUCACGAGCACACAAUCAGCACAUCGCACCCGCGCCAACGGAAACCCAUGCCCCGAUCCACGGUAUACGCAUCGUUCCUGCGGCAGCAUCUGCUGGUCAUGCCCAAGCCAUCCAGCCUCCCCCCCCUGUCCCGGCUGCCGUCCAGCCUCCUCCUGUCCUGGCUGCCGUCCAACCUCCUCAACCGGUAUUGAAGAGCCAGCACGUCGAGGUGGCUCCUCCACACCUACCUCGAUCUGUCGCGGCGGUGGUCGACCUGCGCCUGCUCCAAUGUGAGGUUCUUGCUUUGCUCAUUCAGUACCUGUUUCCAAGAGCGGCAUCGCCACCCGAUGAGGCAGCAGUUCUCACCCGAAUCAGCCAUCUAUGGUAUCACGGAGAAGCCAUCUUCCGCGUUGAGCUCGGUCCCCACUACGAAAUGUGUUCCCGCAUCCUGACCGCAUGGCUGCACGAGAGGCAAGCCAUCAGCAGCCUUCGACACUCGAUCAUUGCGCAAUCAGGAGUGAGCGCGUCAGGACUCAUUGAUCGUCUGUUGGCGAUGAACGACCUCCGAGUCAUGCGCUUGAAGUGGAAGAAUAUGAGUACUCUGGACGGCGUGAGCCCGGAGGAUCUGCUCUGUAGGACGUUUGCUGUCAUGGCGAACACGGAGAAUACGGAGCAUCUCUUCAAAGACGGACUGGACCGGCUCAACAGGGGCGUGUUCGAGUUUCUCCGCAAUGAGGAUGCGAAGAUUGUGAUGCACAGGCGGUGA